AUGGUGAAGAAACGAGCGUCUAACGGACGCAACAAGAAAGGCCGCGGCCACGUCAAACCUAUUCGUUGCUCGAAUUGCUCUCGAUGUACCCCCAAAGAUAAAGCAAUAAAGAGAUUCACGAUACGGAACAUGGUCGAGAGUGCUGCCAUCCGUGAUAUUUCUGAUGCCUCUGUGUUCCCCGAAUAUGCCGUGCCAAAAAUGUACCUCAAAUUGCAAUACUGUGUCUCCUGCGCUAUUCACGGGAAGAUUGUGCGUGUGAGGUCAAGGGAAGGAAGACGUAAUCGCGCUCCACCACCGCGCGUGAGGUUCAACAAGGAUGGGAAAAAGAUCAAUCCACAACAGGCAGCUAAGACGGCACAAGCAUCGACAUGA